CUCGCGAGGUUUCACUCAAAAAAUAACGCGGGGCACCAUCUGAACUGUGUACGUUGGAUUGCGUCUUAAAAUACUUUGAACUACCUCGAAGAACUAAACGGAAUUAUCAUAUUCCUCCGUUGGUUUAAAAAUAAAAAAAACUGAUUCCAACGUUGCUGUCGCCGUUUGUUGUGAACAGCUAAGGUCGUAAGAUGGAUUACACGGAGGACUUAUCUGCUCGGGUUCUUCUUAAAAACAUUCUCAGUACUGAACCACCUAGGACUCCUGUCACUCGCAGUUCCGUCCCGGUGGCAACGUUCCCUGUGGCUGGGAGCAGCAUUUUUUGUCCCAUAUUUUGCAAUGUCUCCAGAGCAAACAGUUCCACAUUUGUCCGCCGCACCAGAUCGAGCAUGAAAAAUGCUAGUGCAGAAACCCCACAGGACAUCUUGAGGCGCAGUCUGAAGCAGAACAUGCGUGAGGGUAUAUCAAGGACGGGUCUUUCACCUGCUAGCAAAAGAAGAACCACAUCGGUCGUGCUGAGAAAGGCAAACACACCAGCCUCAUCCUCCAUGCUGUUUGACGAGGGAGACACACCGAGGCACAUACUCAUGAACAUUUUGCGUACAGAGCCUGUCAAGUCCCCUGUGAUUCAUGAGGAAGCUGCACCAGUGGAGCCACAGAUGUCAUUAGCAGAUAGCAGUGAUGUCACACAUUCAAACAUUGGACUGUCGGAGUUGGAUCUGCCUGAUCUAACUUUUGGCAAUGCAGCAAGCGUCGCAAAGAGGCUUACCAGAAAGAGACCACGUCACAUCGCCAAUGUAUCCACUCUUGAAAGGAGGCUCAGGGAAGGAGAGGGUGAAAAUGAAGAGGAGGAUUUGUCACGAGAGGAUCUGUCGCUGUCUUUGUCAAACGUCACUUCCCUGACUCUAAAAACGCCCUUUGUGAAUGUUCAGACUGAGAAGAAAGGCUUGCAGAGGAGAGUUACUCAACGCCAAAAAAUCACACAAGAGGGUUUUGGUGACGCUGUGAAUAAAAUGCUUUUAGAUUACGGGGCGAGCAGCAUGAUGCAAGGAGAAGCAGACUUCAGUGAGAGCGCCCAGGAUGAGGCUUUAAACUAUAAACUGGAGUUCUCCAAUGACAUUAGCCACUCUAAAACAUCCGACGCCCCCGCCUGCAACGUCUCCGUACUUGGGAUACAGGACCAGUCCACCAUCGCGGCAUCUCAGAUGCAUCUCAGCGGAAUUGCAAUGGGGCCACAGAGCCAACUGGAUGAAGCAGCAGGGGAAGUUGUGCAAGUGUCUGGAAGCCAGGAGGAGGAGAAUACAGCCCAUAGUGACGCUGAAUUGAAGACAUCUGAGGAAGAGGUUGACGACAGGCAAGAAGAGGAAGGGGAUGGAGUUGAGUCUCAAACUGAAGAGGAUGCUGCAGCGCCGUCUGAGGAAGAGGAAGGGGCUCUCCUUGACUCUCAAGCUGAAGAGGAUGUUGCAGCGUCAUCUCAGGAAGAAGAUGACAUGAAAGAAAAGGAAGGGGCUCCAGUUGAUUCUCAAGCUGAAGAGGAUCCAGCAGCAUCAUCCCAAGAAGAGGAUGCUGCGACGCCAUCUGAGGAAGAGGACAACAUGGAAGAAGAGGACGGGGGUGCAGUUGACUCUCAAGCUGACGAGGAUCCAGCAGCAUCAUCCCAAGAUGAGGAUGCUGUGACGCCAUCUGAGGAAGAGGACAACAUGGAAGAAGAAGAAGGGGUUCUUCUAGUUGACUCUCAAGCUGACGAGGAUCCAGCAGCAUCAUCCCAAGAAGAGGAUGCUGCGACGCCAUCUGAGGAAGAGGACAACAUGGAAGAAGAGGACGGGGGUGCAGUUGACUCUCAAGCUGACGAGGAUCCAGCAGCAUCAUCCCAAGAUGAGGAUGCUGUGACGCCAUCUGAGGAAGAGGACAACAUGGAAGAAGAAGAAGGGGUUCUUCUAGUUGACUCUCAAGCUGACGAGGAUCCAGCAGCAUCAUCCCAAGAAGAGGAUGCUGCGACGCCAUCUGAGGAAGAGGACAACAUGGAAGAAGACGAAGAGGCUGCAGUUGCCACUCGAACUGAGGAGUCUGCUUCAGUGGAGGAAGAGGAAGAGCAUGCAACUGCUGCCAGGCCUCAGUCUGAGGAAGAAGACACGGCUGAGGAUGAGAAUGACGGCAGUCAGCAUGAGGAGCGAGGGUCGAAAUACGACGUGGAGCGCGUCAAUGUACAAGCCGAUGCAUCCAAGGGAGCUCUCGUCAUGCCUGUUGAAGAGGCUGACGUCAUGGAGCCUGGCUGCCAGAGAGGCUCGGGGAUCAAGAACAGAACCCACAGGUUGAGUGAUUCCCACAACCCCAUCAAGCUGGAUGAAGUCCAUCUCAAAAGUAACAAGUAUCCGAACUCAGACCCCGCUCUACAGCUGGAGGUGAGCAACGGCCAAAGUUACAGCAAUCACCUUGAGGAUGUGGACCCACCUGAGCAGGAAGAGUGGGAGGAGGAAGACGACGGAGAAGAAGAAGAAAUCCCCAUGAAGACUCCAGCAUUUGUUCGAGAAAGGAGGAAUUUUCAAGUGGAUGACCCGGCCUCGCCCACUAUUUUAAAGCCUCAAGCCAGCAGUAACACAAGUGAUUGUGUACCUUUACCGAAACCAAAACGGGUGAGAAAGCCCAGAAGUGCGACAGUCAAGAAAGACGGCCUUCCUAAAAACUACCUUAUGGGUGUCUUCAGGCACUUUGCCAAAACAAAGGUGUCCGCCGACAUUUAUCCCGUCUUAAAUGAGAUAAUGGAUAAAUUCUUUGACCGGAUGGUCGAUGACCUGGAGACGUUUGCUGCUCACGCCAAGAGAAAAACCAUUGAAGUCGAAGAUGUCGAACUAUUGUUGAGACGGCAGGGUCAUGUGAAUGACAAGGUGCCCGUGGAAGUCCUGAUUGAAAAGUACCUACGCAUGGACCAGCGCAAGCUCCUGAUACCCAUUGCAACCAGCGGGAACGUCGUCAUCCCAAAAAUGAGGCGAUGAAUUAAGAAGAAUAAGAAUGUUUUUAUUGCAGUUGGACGUGUAUUAAAUAAGUCAAAACCCUCACACAGUAAAUAAAACAACGUUGAAAGUAAAGCGUGUCGGAGUACAUUACAGGAAAGAGAAUAAGAGGAAUGUAGAAUUCCUUAUAAAUGUAUAGUAGAUGACAGCAAAAUUGGUAGUGCUGAUUUUGACCUUUGACCUUUAUUCUUUCAUAUAGAAGUUAUUCAUGUAAGCUAUUGUCCAUUAAAACAGUAAGAUGA